ACCUUAACCCAUGAAACAUGUCUCUGAUUUUUCUUGAAUUUCUGCAUAUUCCACGAAGCGAAAACGGAAUACUUCCCUUUGGAUUAUCUCUCAUUCAAUUUAUGGCAGGUUUGAAAUUGUAAAUUCCUAUCUGUUGUAAAAAUUAGAAAAGAAAUUGGUUAAAUAAUGGAAGGGAGAUGGAUUGAAGGGAUUAAGAUGGUGGGAUUUAUUAAUAAUCCUGCAGUAAUGGAGACGUUUGUGGAUAUAUUGGUCUGUACGGUGCCGAUUUGGGUGGCGGUGAUGAUUGGGUUGGUAAUCGGGUGGUCAUGGAGACCGCGGUGGACCGGCUUGGUUUUUCUCGGAUUUCGGUCCAAGUUUCGGUUCAUGUGGACUGCGCCGCCCGGGUUUGGGGCACGACGGUUUUGGUUAGCGUUCACGGCGUUAUCGGCUUUUUCGGUUUGUCGUAGACUUUGGUUUAGCUUUAGGGGGAGGACCCGGAAGGAGGAGGGAUUGGCUCAGGAGCAGGCAGGUCAAGGGUCGAUUUCUGGUACGGUUCCAGCUGCAGCGGCUAAGGAAUCAGGUGCCGUAGCUGAUGUCAGCAGUGAUGAGAUCAGGCCUAGUGGAAGACCAGAUGAGGAAAAGAAUAGUGUCACUGAGAAAGAUCUGGAACACCUGUUACAUCUUCUGAAUGGGAAGGAUGGGGAAUUGGUUUGGCAAGAGAUGAUGGAGCGCUCCACAUCAAACAUGACAUACCAAGCUUGGCAUCACGAGCCCGAGGUGGGUCCGAUAAUGUACCGCAGCAAAACCAUUUUUGAGGAUGCAGCUCCUGAGCUGGUCAGAGAUUUUUUCUGGGAUGACGAGUUUCGGCCUAAAUGGGAUCCUAUGCUUGCUUACGUCAAAAUAUUAGAAGAAUGCCCUGAUACAGGAAUGAUGAUAGUCCACUGGAUUAAAAAGUUUCCCUUUUUUUGCAGCGAUCGGGAGUAUGUCAUUGGUAGAAGGAUAUGGGAAGCAGGAAGAAAUUUUUAUUGUGUGACUAAGGGGGUACCAUAUCCAAUUUUGCCAAGGCGUGCCAAACCUAGACGUGUGGAUCUUUAUUUCUCGAGCUGGAUUAUCAAACCUGCCCAAUCGCUUAAAGGAGAUGGCCAGUUAUCUGCAUGUGAGGUCACACUUAUUCACUACGAAGACAUGGGAAUCCCAAAGGAUGUCGCCAAGUUGGGUGUUCGACAUGGAAUGUGGGGAACUGUUAAAAAGUUGCAUGGUGGCUUCAGAGCAUAUCAAAAUGCUAGAAAAUCUGAGGCAUCAUUGUCCCGGUGUGCUUUGAUGGCAAGAAUAACUACAAAAUUUUUGUCCGUUGAAGGAAAUUAUCCACUAGAGCCUGAAGCCUGUGAGGAAGAGAGAAAUGAAGUUGUGAAGACUGAGAGACAAAGGGAUUAUGGUGGAAUUGAUUGGAGAUGGAUGGCUAUUGGUGGAGCUGUUGCUCUUGUUUGUGGACUCCAAACGGGGCUGAUAGGAAAAGCUCUGUUGGUUGGAGCAGGGCAAAGAUUUGCUAGGAGACGAUAAAGAUUCACACGCCAUUUGCAUAUGGUGCAUCGAGUUCUAAUAAUGAAGUUCUAGCUACCACAUGUCCAUUGCUUUAUUUGCCGAAAUGUCAAAUGUUACCUCAUAUGCUUAUUCCAUAGGGGAAAUGCCACUAUAAACGUGUAAGCUAUAAAAGAGCAUUCACUGUAUGCGAUUUGAUCUUUUAUUCUCCCUAAACUCCUCUAUUGUUUUGUUUACGUGUUGAUGAA